UCAGUGAAGACUUACCCCGGAAGGAAGCAACACCCCACCCACCGUGUGUUGUUGCUGUAAAAUGAAAUGAAUUGAAACUUCUCUAAAAAUUGUAAAUGUAAAUUUCACUAUCAUCAAUCCGAUUUGUUACAUUGUUUCCGGUGCGUAUAAUUUUCGGGAAUUUCGUUGAAGAGUGUAAGAUGGGGUAUAUGCAGGUAGAGGAGCACAAUUCCAACAUGUUACAUCUGAAAAGGUCACCUGGCAUCCGCUCCUGGUCGCUGCUUGUAGGUAUUGCGUCCAUUGGCCUGGCUGCUGCGUACUACACUUCAGACAGUAUCCUGUGGAAGCUGUUCUACGUGACGGGCUGUCUGUUUGUGGCCAUGCAGAACAUGGAGGAGUGGGAGGAGGCAGUGUUUGAUAAAACCAAGAAUGUGAUAGAGCUGAAGACCUUCAGUCUGUACACUCUGAUUCUCACCAUGUGGAGGAGAGGCCAGGAGAAAGUGGUGCUGGACAUGAGGCACCUGCGUGCCGUGUGUGUUCAGGAGGAGAAGGUGCGCUACCUGGGAAAGGGUUACCUGCUGGUGCUGCGGCUGACAACCGGUUUCUCCUACCCCCUCACACAGAGCGCCACCAUGGGGGGACGCAGUGAUGUGGAGGCAGUUGCUUCGUUGCUCAAGCGUUUCCUGGGUCUGGAGGAGCUCCAGUGUCACUGGGAGCAGGAGGAAGAGGAGGAAGAUGAGGAAGAUGACCUGGACCCCAGCACUGACUCAGAAGAAGAGGGGGACUUUGAACCCUCAGUGCAGUAGUGAUGAGGAGAGGAAGCCACUGUAGACUUGAAAUGCACACAAACAUAUUUUACAGCAUUUCGUAGUAGUAUUAUCCCUGAUACUGUAAAUGGCCUGAA